UUCACAUCCCAUACUUAUAAACCAAAGUUUUAAGUGUAGCUUGACAUAACACGUUGACCCUUGAAGCAUACCAAAAAAUUCAAUUAGGCCGUUCAACUAAAGAAACACCCAAUUAAAUCCGUGAACUUUGUAAUAACAAUCAACUUUCAAAAUUAAACAUUGAUACCCGAUUAACUGGUAACUUCGCUGAUGCGGUUGUGUGUGUCAAUUUUUAUCUUUUCCCCUUUUUUCAUUCUUUUUCCCUCUCUUUCACGCUUUUCUUUCUUCCAAGCUCACCUCCUUUCUUCUUCCCCACCCCCAUCUUUCCUUCUCCUUACCGUUUCUUUUCCCGUCUUAUUCUCUGUGCACUAUGCACACACACCUUCUUUACUGUUCUUUCUUCUUCCAAUCGCACUUUGUUGCUCAUUUUCGUUCUUCUUUUUCCAAAUGAACAACACUGGUAAUCAAGGGAACCAAAAACCAGAGAUGGCAAGGCGGACUGUUUGGGCGGCAAGCUCUUCAGCCUCCUCCGGCAAUGUUGUUGUUGCGACCUUCAUCUUCAGCGCCGGAUUAUUCAAGUUUUGAGAAUUACUGGCACCGCCGGAUAAGAAAUGCUCCGGCAGCGUAAUGAAAAAGAAGAAAUAAG